AUGACAAAAUUCAUUGCAUUUUUCUGCAUUGUUUUAUUAUCUUUACAUGGCAAAAGCCAAGCUCAACAAGUACAAAAAGAAUCUUUACGAUGUGGUGAAGUGAGUUCUAAUAAAAUAUUGACAAAAAAGGUUAAUAAUUUUUAAACAGAAUAAAGUAGAAACAAUGUAUCCCGAGACAUAUUUCCGAUUCAACAGUGAAGUCGAGACCGGAUCGAUUGAAUUCAUAGGUAAAGUUUAUGAUAAAACAACUGGUAUUACUUUCCGUCUAACUCGAAGUACUGGAGAAAUGAACGAUUUGAAUAAAUCGAAUUCGGUUUCUAUCAGAUUUGUUACAAAUUCUACUAAAUUUGAUUCCAAAAGCCCAGAUGUAAGUCGUCAAAUCAUUUACUCUUACAAUUGUUGAAUAAUUUGUCAAUAUCUCUAGGGUAAAAUCGUAGGAGAGGAGAAAAUUGAUCAAAAUGCAUUGACACAACACAACUAUAGAACUUCUGUAAAAGUAAUCAUCGGCAAAGAAAACUACGAUAUUUAUGUGAAUGGUGUACAUCAACAUACAUAUGGAAGAGUUUCUGAUGCAGGAGAUAUAUUGCAAUCAGCUUCGUUGAGUGGUCCAUUCCAUUUUACAAAAGUUAUAUUGUCAGUUUACGAACUAUUUUUCAAAAUUUUGAAAUAUGUCUUAAUUUCUAGGUAUUGUGGAGCAAAUCAACCAGAAGAAACAGAACCGGAAGAACAAGAAACAACACAAAAUCCUAAUUGUUGA